GGCCGCCUGUUCUGUGAAAGUAUGCCAGCUAGUUGCAGCAGGCAAAUGCACAUGAGCUGCGGGCUUUGGUAAAAAAAGAAGAAGAAGAAGCAGUGCCGGGUAUCACGAGGGCUCAUUCAUGUAGGUUGCAUGUGCUGUUGCAUCCGGUUGCAUGUGCUGAGCGGUUGCGCACCAGGAAGGCCACGAUUCAGAUUGCAGCUUGAAUCCCUCUCCGCCGGGCUUAGCUUAGCACGGGGUCGAAUCCGGGCCUGAGGUAUGCCGGAGAUUUGGCUGGAGAAGUACCGGCCGGUGAAGUUUGAGGAUGUGGUUGGCAAUGCCGGCGCCGUGUCUAUACUUCGCUCCCACGCAGCGGCAGGCACCUUCCCGCACUUGCUGCUGUCUGGACCGCCUGGCUGUGGAAAGACCACCGUGGUGCACUGCCUGGCAAGGGAACACCUGGGCUCCUUCUAUGAGCAGGGCUGCAUCGAGCUGAAUGCCUCCGAUGACCGAGGGAUCGACGUGGUCCGCGAGAAGAUCAAGGGCUUCGCGCAGCAGAAGGUCUCUCUCCCCGAGGGCAAGCUCAAGGUCAUCAUACUGGAUGAGGCUGACAGCAUGACGCAAGCGGCACAGCAGGCCAUGAGGCGGACGAUGGAGAUUUUCAGUCAGACCACCCGCUUUGCUUUGGCUUGCAACAUCUCCUCAAAGAUCAUUGAGCCAAUUCAGUCCCGCUGCGCCAUCUUGAGAUUUGGCCGCAUCUCGGACGAGGACAUGAUCCAGAGGCUGAAGUUUGUGUUGGAGAAGGAAGGAGCCCCGUACGACCAGUCUGGGCUUGAGGCUUUGGUUUUCUCCGCAGAGGGCGACAUGCGCAAUGCCUUGAACGGGGCACAGUCUACGUUCAAUGCCUUCGGCGAGAUCAACCGGAGCACCGUUUUCAGGAUGAAUGACCAGCCCCAGCCGGAGAAGAUCCGUAGUUGUUUGGAUGCCAGCUUGAAGAAAGACAUGAAGGGCACCUUUGCUCCCAUGCACGAGAUCUGGCAACAAGGGUACAGCGCCACGGACAUCAUCUCCACCUUCUCGCGAGUGGCCAAGCAGAUGGAUGCCCCGGAGCACGUGAAGCUGGAAUGGCUCAAGGAGAUUGGGCUCACUCACGCGCGUGUCACGGCUGGUGCUCAAAACCUUUUGCAGCUGGACGCAAUGGUGGCCAAGAUACUGUUGGUCUCGCAGAAAGGUUGAGACGCUUCAGCGGCGCCAUCACAAGCUCCAUGUUCGGGAUGCCGAAAUGCAGGCCACAAGCAUGCUGACCGUGGGGAGACGGCCCAGUGUGCGAGGUGGAAGUUGGGUGGGAGGAAGCACCUGCCAGCCCAACGUGGGGGGUGUUAGACUGUAGGUUGGAGGCAGUCCGACGUGAACUUAGUCUGGGAAGCAUGG